AUGGUAGAAGUUGACACAGUUGACGAGAGAGAUUGGGCCCAUGCGAAGACGCUCGACUUGGAAGGAGACCCGUUUGGCUACCCCGAUAAGACGAAAAAAAAAAGUGCUAGGAAAAAAGAACGCGAAAAUGAAAAGCGAGAAAGCAGCUUGGAUAACCUUUACACAUUCAAUGAUGACAUGGAGGAUGGCAACAGUCAGGCGAUGGGAAAAUAUCUCGCGAGGUCCUAUUCACGAGUAAACGAAGACGUAACGAAUGGAAGCAGCGAUUUUGCGAACGAGUAUUACAUAAAGAAGAAGAGAAGCGAGAGACGUGGACACGACAACGGGGGGGAGUAUGAACGUGGCGACACGCUCGAAUAUGAAAUCGGCCGCAAAAAGGGCGCCACUCGGCACGUGCGCCUCCAGUUUGAAAAAUACGCCGGCGAAACGAAGGAGUUCUCGGAGGUCGAUGAGGAGGUGGACUCCUACCCCGAGGUGGACAUGGACGCCAUGCAUGAGGAGGAGGAGCAUGCGGAGGAGCAGCAGCAUGAGUAUGUAGAGGAGGAGGAGCAUGAGGAGGAGCAGCAGCAUGAGUAUGUAGAGGAGGAGCGUGAGUAUGCAGGGGAGGAGGAGGAGUACGCUUAUGCUGAGGCGGACGUGAAAGAGGAAUAUGCCGAAGAGGGAGAUGACGAAUAUGCAGAGGAGGCAGCUGACGAGGUUGACGAGGCUGACGAGGCUGACGAAGCGGACGACGAAGCGGCUGAGGAGGUACUCCCGGACGUGGACGGGGGGACGAACUCCAUGCACCAUCGCGAGAGGCGAAAGGGUUGCAUGAGGCAAGUAUAUGUCGGAGGGCAUAAGAAAAAAACGAUACCAAACGAACACAAUGAAACAAACAUCAGAGACAGAAAAACCACAGACACACUGGAAGAGUCAGAACAAAACGAAGAAUACGUAGAAGAAAAACUGGAAGUAUAUAACAAUGAAGAGAUAGAUGAAAAAGUCGAAAUUGCACACGUCAAAGGGAAAGGUAGAUGUAUGUUUACGAGAAAGAACUUAGAAGCAGGGAGCAUUAUAUUUGUGGAGAAACCGUUGAUAAUUAUUACCCCCGAUUUGAAUGAACCGUUAUGGGAACAAUUAAAUAAAUUGAAUAAUGAAGAAAAUUUCGAGUUACCUCUCAAAUGGCACUACGCUGCAUUAUGCACCAUUACGACACUUGGUGAUAGUGACUUGAGGGCUUGUAUCGACAAAUGGAUUCCUGAACCCGAUAGAGACGCAGAUGCAGAUGUAUUCAAUGUAUUGAAUAAGGUGUGUGAUAAAAGGUUCGGAAAAAAUGGGAAGCUGCAAUAUUUUUUUAUGAAGAAAAUGAUAGACCCCAAAAUAUAUGACAGGAUCAUACAGGUGUGGCAUUACAAUGCCUUCGGCCAUCACACGGACAAUGAGGGACUGGUCCUGUACAACCGCAUUUCCAUGCUCGCCCACAGCUGCAACUCGACUGCCUGCUGGCACUACGGAAGCAACGACAGCUUUGUCUUGCGCGCCAGGGUGAAGCUGGCGGUGGGCGACGAGCUGACCAUAUCCUACCUCGGAGAUGACGACUUGUACAAGUCUUCCAAUAUAAGACGAGAAAAGCUCACCAACUGGUUAUUCGUUUGCAUGUGCAGCAGAUGUACAAACCCGAUUGACAAGUCAAGGGGGUUUAAAUGUUCCAUGUGUGGCGUAGGGACCUUCUUCAUCAAGAGCGAGUACCACGAUGAAAUUCCCAUCGUGACAAAGUGCAGUAUAUGCGAAUCGGAAGUAUCAGAAUCCAUGGCAUAUGAAUACAUCGAGUACGAAAAAAGCUACAUAGAGAGGUUACAAGACACAGACAAAUCAGACCUAGCAGAUGCACUAGCAGUGUAUGUCCAGGCAGAAAAAAUAUUUACACAACACUGGAUUAUGUAUCAAUUAUAUACUAUUUUGUUUGAGGGGUACAGAGAUGCAUGCAAUUGGGAGAAAGCUAUUUAUUAUCAGACGCAGAGAAUCAAAUAUGCUGUAGAUGUGAUUCCAAGGGCAAAUUAUGUGCUGGCUUGGUUGUACGAGGAACUAGGGGAAGCUCACGCGAACUCCAUAAGCACUGAAAUUUUGCAGUCGGAAAGGGACUUCACCAUCUCGUAUGAGGAGAAGAAGCGAAUCUGCUCGCACUUCCUGAAGUCCAUCCACCUGCUGGAAAUCCUCUGCGGGUAUUCCCACGACUACCUGAAGGAUUCAUUAAACAAAUACUACCGCAUUGACAGUUUAACGAGCACGGAUGCUCCGCAAAUCGAGGAGUAGCCAAAUGGGGGAGCGGCGAGGAGCCCUAACCGUGUCCAGCAGUUUCGUCCCACGUGCAGGAAUAAUACACGCGC